AUGUCUCCACAAAUAUCCACUACCGUUGGAUCUAAAGCAGAAGGCGAGAGUUUUGUUCAUCGCUCCGUAUUAGCUCAAGAUGAAAUUGUUGACACACCCGCUCAAGGUGUCCACACGCUUUACGAUGUAUUGCAAUACAGUGUCAAAAGACGAGGUGACGAGCAGGCUAUGGGUUAUCGUCGUCUUGAGAAGAUGGUGAGCGAGGACAAGGAAGUAACCAAAGUGAUUGAUGGUGUGGAAACCAAGCAGAUCAAGACCUGGAAGUACUUUCAACUCUCUGCCUACCACUAUAUCACCUACAACGAGCUAUCUACCAUGGUCCAUGAUAUUGGCUCGGGUCUGUUGCAUUACGGCCUUGCCGCUCAAUCGAAAAUUGAAAUUUUUGCUCCCACGAGUGUCGAAUGGCUAUCAGUUGCUCAUGGUGCGUUCACCCAAAACAUUGCUAUCGUUACUGCUUACGAAACAUUGGGACCUGAGGGAUUGCUGCAUUCAAUGAACGAGGCUCAAGUCGAGGCCAUUUAUACCACUGCCGAACUACUGAAAACACUAACAAGCGUCUUACCCGAAUGCGUUGUCAAGCCCUUGAUUGUCUAUACAGGCGAAGUAAAACAAGACGAUUUGAGUACUAUCCAAGCCAUUGUGGGUCAAGACCGUGUCAUCACUUUGGACCAACUCAAGACUGUAGGUCAAGAGCACCCUGCCAGGCCCAACAAACCCGGACGCGAUGAUUUGUGUUGUAUCAUGUACACUUCAGGUAGCACAGGGGCACCCAAGGGUGUUGUCUUGAAUCACUCCAAUCUUGUAGGCGCCGUUGCUGGCGUUGAUCUCUUGGUGGGACACUACAUUUUCGACGGACAAGAUACAAUGAUGGCCUAUUUGCCACUAGCACAUGUACUCGAGUUCUUGGUCGAGAACAUUUGUUUGUUUUGGGGCGUUACAUUAGGCUACGGCUCUCCACGUACCCUGACCGACGCAUCCGUGCGUAAUUGUAAGGGUGAUAUCAAAGAAUUCAAACCAACCAUCAUGACCGGUGUCCCUGCCGUCUGGGAGUCCAUUCGCAAAGGCGUGUUGAGUAACGUGGCCAAGAUGAGUCCUGCCACACAAGCUAUCUUCAAUCGUGCCUUUUCCACCAAAUCGUGGUUGAUGGACCGCAAUCUGCCCAGCGGAUUUCUGGAUACCAUGGUCUUUAAUCAAAUCAAGGAACAAGUAGGUGGUCGUCUUCGAUUCGGCUUGUCUGGUGGUGCUCCUAUUUCUGCCGAAACGCAAAAGUUCUUGUCUGUUACAUUAGCACCCAUCUUGAACGGCUUUGGCAUGACGGAAUCAGUUGGUAUGUGCGCAUUGAUGGCGCCUGAUAACUUCAAGGUCGGUGCAUCGGGUGGGCCAGUGCCCUGUUGUGAGAUCAAGCUAGUUGACGUGCCUGACGCCAAUUACUUGUCGACAAAUGAGAAGCCCCAAGGCGAAAUUUACGUGCGUGGAUCGAGUAUAGCACAAGGCUAUUUUAAGCAAGAAAAGCUGACCAGAGAAGCAUUCACCGAAGAUGGAUGGCUGAGAACCGGUGAUAUCGGUGAAUGGAACGAAGAUGGCACUCUUAAUGUGAUUGAUCGUAUUAAAAACUUGGUAAAGCUCAGUAAUGGUGAGUACAUUGCAUUGGAAAAGCUGGAGUCGGUGUACAAGACGGCUUUAGGAGUGAGCAACAUUUGUGUCUAUGGUGAUUCCCUCUUUCCUCGCCCGGUUGCAAUUGUAAUGCCUGCAAAGCCUGCUCUCAAAGAAAUGGCAAAGUCGAUCCAUGUCGAAACUGAAAGCAAAUCAUUUGAGGAAUUAUGUCAUGACGAAAAUAUCAAGAAGGCAUUUAUUGUGGCACUCUUAAAGCAGGCAAAAGAUUCCGGGCUCAAAGGAACUGAAAUCAUACAUGAUGUUUAUCUCACUCACGAGGAAUGGUCUUCUGAAAAUGGUCUUUUGACAGCUGCGCAGAAAUUGAAGCGCACGGCAAUCAACCAGCGAUACAGGGACCAACUCAAUGCCAUGAAUGCAUCACAAAAAGCUUGA